CACAAAAGCAAGAUGGAGGAUCUCACAGUCGAAGUAUGCGGCGAAAACGGAGCGUAUUAUAAGGCCUUUGUCACCGAUGUCUUUGACGACGAAGUUUUGGUAACUUUUGAGAAUGACUGGCAACCCGAAUCGAAAUUCCCAUUUGCUCAAGUCCGUCUACCUCCAAAAGAUGGUUCCAAAACAGAAUUUCAGGAGAACCAAGAGAUUGAAGUAUUCUCUAGAUCUAACGAUCAAGAAGCAUGGGGUUGGUGGAAAGCACUUAUUAAGAUGAGUAAAGGAGGUUUUCAAGUAGUUGAAUACUUGGGAUGGGAAUACACAUAUACUGAAAUUGUAGCUAGUGAGCGAUUGAGAGCCAAAAAUCCAAAUUCCCCUAUUGACAAAAAUACAUUUCACAAGAUCGAAAUUGAAGUACCUGAAGAGCUCAGAGAAUUUGCGAAGAUGGACAAUGCACAUAAAGAAUUUCAAAAGGCGAUAGGGGCGGCAGUGUGCCGAUAUGUGCCUGAACGAGGAGUACUGCUGGCCAUCUCCCGUCAUGAAAAUAUACAUCGUCACAGUAGCAUGCUCCAAGAAAUGCACUUUAGAAACUUAUCGCAAAAGGUUUUGCUAUUAAAGAGAACGGAAGAAGCAGCGCGUCAACUUGAGUCCACUAAACUUCAAACAAUAGGGGGAUAUACCGACGAAUUUAAUGUUCGAGAAGAUCUGAUGGGACUAGCUAUUGGUGCUCACGGUGCAAAUAUCCAGCAAGCGCGAAAAGUUGAUGGCAUUACAAAUAUAGAGUUAGAAGAAAAUUCAUGCACAUUUAAGAUAUAUGGAGAGACGCAUGAAGCUGUUAAAAAAGCUCGAUCUAUGCUGGAAUAUAGCGAGGAAUCUAUACAAGUCCCACGGGUAUUGGUAGGAAAAGUAAUUGGGAAGAAUGGUCGCAUUAUCCAAGAAAUUGUCGACAAGAGUGGUGUAAUAACAACUGGCUCGAGUGGGAAUAUACAUAUUGAUAAAGUAAGAGUAAAAAUAGAAGGAGACAACGAACCUCAACCAACGAUUCCGCGAGAGGAAGGUCAGGUGCCCUUUGUCUUUGUUGGCACUGUCGAAAGCAUCGCCAAUGCCAAAGUUCUGUUGGAAUACCAUUUGGCACAUUUAAAGGAAGUAGAACAACUGCGACAAGAAAAAUUAGAAAUUGAUCAACAACUACGAAGCAUGCACGGAUCGACUACAGGGCCGAUACCCAGUUUUCCUCCCACAAGACGAGGAAUGGUUACAGGACCUGAAGAAGGUAUCAGCGGUCGUGGAGGUCGCGGUGGUCAGUCUCGAGGGCGCGGAUCUCGGGGUAGAGCUCCUACUAGACACAAUGCCGGAUUACGUAGAGAUACUUUGGACGGUAGUGAGGAUCGUGUUCGAGAUUUACCGCCAAGAGGUGGUCAUCAGGGAGCCGGUAAUUCAGGGUACAUGAGUGGUAGACAAGGUCGUCCUCCAACCCAACGUAGAGAUCGUAGAGACGAACGUCGUCGUACUACUGAUGACGAAGAUACUGUUUUAGACAGCCAAGAUGUUUCAAGCAUUGAUAGAGAGUCAGUAUCAAGUGUGGAGGGAGGAACUAAAGGAAUAAGACGAAGACGACUUCGGCGUUCGCGGCAACGAAGCUCAACGCCAAUGAGUGCUAGUCAGACAGGCAGUAAUGCCGGCCCGUGCGACCAAUCAACAAUGAAUAGCAAGGAAGGAACACCCGCGAACGACGUAUCCAUGUCUAACAACAGUUCGCAAGGACCUAAAGGCCAAAGAGAACAUCGGUCUCGUCCUCCUCGUAUGCAGCAGAGCAAUAAGCCUAAAGAAGCUCUGGUUAAUGGUACCAGUGGCUAAGCAACCGUUGCGUUGUCGCCAAUUGCUACUAACGUUGCUACGUUACACCUGAUGAGAGCUAUUAACUCCCAGCACGUAACAUGACGCAUACCGACGCAAGGACUACACGAUUAUGGAACGCGACAUGAUUAGUCUACGCUCGUUGUUAAGACUGUUUGCUACCGAUAAGAAUACGACAGUUGUUUAAGAAAUCGUCAUUCUCCUUAAACACAUUUAAGGACACAUAUUAAUAUCCAUGCAUGGUUUAGUUUAAUGAUGGUAAUUACACUGUCAUGUUUGAUAUACGGAUACAUUCAUUGGGAGAUAGAGGAUAGCAUUUGGUAAGAAGGAUUCCCUGAUUGUGAAACUGUGCCUCAUUUUUAUACCAAGCUCCUAACUUAUGUGGCAGUGCUUCGGAUGUACCGUACGGUACACCUUGGUCACUCGUUAACGUUUAACGAUCCAAUAUUAGGCUGGAUAAUCGCGGCUCGUACGUCAAUUAUCGCUGUGGAUAAGUUUUCAUCUAGAUAUGUCGCUCAGUACUUACAUAUAAUACAAUAUUUGCAGUGUGGUCCCGAUAUCAUUCCAUGAUGUCGAGUUUAUUUAGUUUAGCUUGUAAUAAUCAAAACAAAUGGCAGCAAAUUGUUCCACGUACUUUUCAUGAAUGUUCCGUAUUAACGUAAAAGAUAUAUCUAGUUGCUUUGAUACUUUAUUAUUUUAUAUCGACGUAACCUCGUUAUUCUGAUACGCUAUAUAUCGAAGAUAAUUAUGAAAACUGAAACGAAUGCGACAUAACUAAGAUGCAACUCGACGCGAUACCAGGAAAAUGUGUGUGGAUUUCCGUUGUUAAUAAUAACAAUGGUAGGCGGCAGCUCUAAGAAAUUCUGGUUCAAAGGCGUUCCCAAUGAUGUUCCUUUCUAUUUACUUGAGGAAAUUGAGUUUUUGAUUUACGAUUAUUAGUAGAGUUAUUUAACAACACUAGAUUUUUACGUUUCAAAGCUGAGUGUUGAUUAAUAGUACCAUGAUGAUUGCGAAAAUGACUUAUUCAAAUCUAACACGAUCAGAUGUGCACAAGGAGUCGGUUUUUAUUUCCGAAUACACUUUUCACGUAAUUUAGUCUUUUCUUUCUCUUUUCUCUCUUUUUUUCUUUUCUUUUAAUUUUUUUUUUACUUUACUACAGUCUAAGCAUACUAUAUCAAACUUUAGAAUUCGAUAUCGAGUUUGUUUCUGCAUUGUUUCGCAUGAUUUAAAAAGAAAGUAAACGUAUACUUAGUAAUACCAAUGUAUGAUGUGCCAGAGAAGGAAUGAUACAUGUUUUAUGAUAUCUAGCUAAAGUGCAGACUUAGCGCAUACCUUUAUUACUAUAAUACUACUUAGUCGAAAUGUGGAUGUCUGAACAAAUAAACUAGCUUUACUAUACUAAGCUAUAAAAUAGAUAUGAUCAAUUGUUUUAAAUUGAUUAUCAACAUUAUUAAAAAUUCGUUAUCAAUUUAAAACAGUUGUUUCUUCUUCCGGAUAUGACAACAACUAAUCGGACGUGUCUCAUGAAUUUUGCAAAAACACAUGGCGGUUGAUGCAAUAUAUCGACACCUAACAAAACAGCUGUCAUUUUAUCUGAAUAUUCUUAUGACAGCCAAAAAACUGAGAUAUCCCCCAACUUGCUUGUUUCAGAUACAUUUGUAUUGAUUGCAAUUUGUGCAUAAUUUAAGAAUAAAACAUUUCUGUACAUAGACUGGUCAUUGGUAUAAUAAACCUCCAAUUUCCUUUAGUAUUAAUAACCGUUUAAAAGCGACCCGUUUUACUUUUAAAAUUUUAAGUUUUUCCAUCCUCUCUCUCCCUUCUCCC